GCUUCAAAGAAAGAAAUGGUAAAGGCUCAAACUUUCCAAUGACAUCAAAAUCAUAUCAACAGCUUAACAAUUUAGCAACAAAAAUCCUUCAUCUCUUGAACAAAACCUGUAUUUCACCUGCUCAUAUUUCCCAAAUUCAAACUCAACUCAUUCUCCACAAUCUCCAUUUCAACACUACCAUUGCCCAUAACUUCAUCUCAGCUUGCCAAUCUUUAGGUCUCUUAAACUCUGCUUUCACCCUUUACACCAAACUUAUCAAGAAACCACACAUCUUCAUUUGCAACACUCUCAUUCAAGCAUUUUCACAAACAGAAGUUACACUGAAACGAAACUCCAUUUCUAUGUAUGCCCACAUGCAUACAGAAGCCAUUUUUCCGAAUAAUUAUACUUUCCCUUUUGUUCUUAAGUCUUUGUCUGAUCUUAAGGAGCUGAAACUAGGCCAAUCUGUACAUACUCACAUCGUAAAAUGGGGUCAUGCUUGUGAUAUUUAUGUUCAAAACUCGUUAUUGAAUUUGUAUGCUUCAUGUGGCAAGAUUGAUUUGUGUAAACAACAGUUCGACGAAAUGCCUCACAGAGAUGUUGUUUCUUGGACAGUUAUGAUUAUGGGUUAUAAAGAUUGUGGGAAGUAUGAUGAUGCGCUUGUUGUGUUUGAGCAAAUGAGAAAUGCGGGUGUGGCACCGAAUCGGGUGACGAUGGUGAAUGCAUUGUCUACUUGUGCUAAUUUUGGUGCUUUGGAUAUGGGUAUGUGGAUACAUGACUAUAUAAGGAGUGGGUGGGAAUUGGAUGUGAUAUUAGGUACUUCUUUGAUAGAUAUGUAUGGGAAAUGUGGGAAAAUUGAAUAUGGUUUUUGGGUAUUUCAAGAAAUGAAACAGAAGAAUGUGUAUACUUGGAAUGCUGUGAUCAGAGGGUUGGCAUUGGCUAAAAGUGGGGAGGAGGCGGUACCAUUGUUCUUUAUCAUGGAGCGCGAAAAUGUCAGCCCUGAUGAAGUGACAUUAGUUGCUGUGCUUUGUGCUUGUGCAUAUUCCGGAAUGGUUGAACAGGGUAGAGAAAUCUUUUCUUGGCUGAUGAAUGGGAAGUAUGGAUUUCCACCUGGUGUGAAACACUAUGCAUGUAUGGUUGAUCUAUUAGCACGCUAUGGGCAUUUAGAAGACGCAUUUAGGAUGAUCAAAGAGAUGCCAAUGGAACCUACGAAGAGCGUUUGGGGUGCACUGCUUGCUGGCUGCAGACUUCAUGGCAAUCAAGAAAUGAGUGAGUUUGCAGCUUGGAAACUUGUCGGAUUGGCACCUAAGAAUUCGGCCUAUUACGUUGUCUUGGCUAAUUUAUAUGGUGAAAUGGGAAGGUGGAAUGACGCGGAGAAAAUUCGAGCUAUGAUGAAAGAGAGGGGACUAUCAAAGGACUUGGGUAGUAGUUCAGUAGAACUUGAGGAUCAAAAGGAUCUACUGGAAUUGUUAAGGUGACAAUGUGUGAUAUCAUUUGCAUAUGAUAGUUACAUAUUGCUGAUUGCUCAAAGAUUUUAGACUAGUAAGCUUUCAGACUAGUUGUUCUCCAUACUGCUUCCUCUUCUGUUUUGAGUUCAUUACCUCACAAUACUUCAAUAUUGUUUAGAAAACAAGAGUUACCUGGUACAAGCGUUGGUGGAUAGAGUUACCCGAUAUCUAUAUUGUUGGGAGAUAGCAAGUAUUCCGUGAAAUUAGUUGAGUUGUAUGCGAGCUGACUCGGACACCGCAGUUAAAAAGCAAGAAA